CUGCAGCAGCAGCAGCAUCUGCGCGCUUGUGAGUGUGCGUGCGUGCCAACUCCGCGCGUGUGUGUGUGCGCGCGCUCACGCAUGUCUCUCUCCACGAUGUGAGAAAUCAAGUGGGACACAGCGAAGCUCACUGGAAUCUGAUCUCUUAAGCCUCCUUGUGGUGGAUUUCAAUCUGACGCACUAAACGCAGUGGAUGUGCAACACGGCGCGAACCCCGCGCGUGUGUGCGAGAGUGUGCGUGCGCGUGUGCGCGUCUGAGGGUGUCUGCUCGCUGCAGCUCCGGCGUCCCUCACUGCUGCGCGUCUGGCAAAGCUGCUGCAGCCGACCGCCUCGCAUGGCUCCCCUGUGCGCGCUCCUCACGGGUGCGCUGCUGAAGAAGCGGAUAUGUCUCAUCGCCACCGGAGACUGACGGUCUCACUGCCUUCCUCUCCUCCUCUGAUGGUCCUCUUAGGGAGUUAUGGUCAGUAAGGAGGCAGGUCGGUGCACUCUGUCAAGCUCAGAGUCCGACUCGGAGUCUGGAGGUCCCUCGCUGGCAGGAGAAAGUGGCGGUCGAGGGGACACGGUACGGAAGCGGAACAAAGCCCUGCAGGUGCGUUUCAAAGACAUCUGCGAUGCUCAAAAUGAGGCCGCCCACCGAGGUGCAAGGGAUCGCUCGGUUUCCUGCAAGGUCAUCCACAGACGGUACAUGACCAUGCCUGCCCGCAGGUCCAUCCCCAACGUCACCAAAAGCACAGGCGUGCAAACCUCUCCCGACCUGAAGAAACGCUAUCAGACUUUCCCCUUCGAACGCAAAAAGUCAAAUGUCAUUAAACACACCGCUCUAGUGGAAAACCACCCGGAUCAGAAUAAUGGGUUCCUGGGUAGUGUGAAGGGUGGAGAGGAGCGGGUGAGGUGCGACGGAAGGGUGCAGCAGACCAGAGUGCUGCUCCACAGCACACCACAGUGUGGUACCGCUUCUGACUUAUCCACUGGACCAGACUGUUCGGAUGGAAAGCUGUGCCCUGAUCCGGCAUGUCAGGGCGGAGAUACGGAUACAGCUUUGGACUCGAGGAGUGAGGGCGCCAACCUAGGGAGCGGGGCCAAGCACAAAGGAUUAUCCGGUGAGAGUGAGAUAGAGGCCCGCCAGCAGUCCAACUGUGCCAAGGGUGCCUCCUCUACCACAGAUCAACCUCUGCAGGUCAGAGGUGACUGUUCGAAGAUUUCUGGCCCUAUUGCAUGGACAUCUUUGACACAAGUGGAAUGCCUGGAGAGUCCCUCAGGAAGCUGCAAACGCAAAAAAGACGCUACGCUGGUGAACGGCUUGCAAGCCCGGACUCAGGCUUCGUCUCAUUCGGCCGGUUGUGCUUCCCAGGCUCACAUACAAGCUCACUGUCGUAGUACUCCGAAUUUGGGUACCACGGCGUCCCAGCAGGGCUCAGGGGGGCAGCUGAUUGCUCUCCCCGGGGCAGAUGGAAAUGUAAAAGCCAGGCUUGAAGCCAUGGAGGCUCUGAUCAGUUCUAGCCAAGAAACCAUCAAAGUGCUGCUGGGAGUCAUACAGGAGCUGGAAAGAGGAGAAGCACAACGUGAGGGACUGUCAUAUCGAACCGGGCAAGAUACAGCCAACUGUGACACAUGUCGUAACAGUGCCUGCAUCAUAUACAGUGUGGAACUGGAUUUUAAACUUCAAGAGGAUAAACUCCAGCCCUUAAUAAAGAGACUGUGUCCUCUAGAAGAGCCGUCCUAUCCCUCUCUGCCUUACACACAUGAAGUGUUCACCUCCACACCCAAACGCAAAACCAAGACUGAGUCCAAGAAGCACGCUCGCUGGAAACUCUGGUUCCUCUAACGUACGGCUAGGAUUUUGUUUGUAUUUGGGAACCCUGCCUCAUCAGACCACAACAGCAAGCAAAUUCAAGUGGAUUUCUGCGUUGCUAUGGAUAAAUACCCUGUAUGGUGAAAUACUCACAGCUCUUCGCUGUAUUGGAACAUACGACUGGAUUUUUAAAAGGAAUAUGACUUGUUUUCUUGACAUAAUCCUCUGAUAAACCCUGCUGUGUUUGGGAACUGCUGUGAUUCAAUAUCACGUUUUUCUAAAGGAUUACACAAUGGUCCUUAAGUUUAAACAAGUUAGUAAGGUAAGAGUGCAGGGAUGCGGUAUGUUUAUGUCUUUGUUCAAUAUUCACGUAUGUUUAACUCAGAGAUCUUUCUUUCUCCUCUCUACAUUUAUCUCUUUUUACUUUAGGGUCUUUGCAGAGGCGACAUGAAACUUCAAAGCUAAUCUAGUUUGCCACAAUGAUACUUUGGAGGCAUCUAUUACAUCAAAGGCAUCUAAUCAGUAAAGCACAAACUUUUAAGAAUUAAAAUGUAGAUUUGAUACCUUUUUUGAGAUCAUACCUCUUUCUUUCUUUCUUUCUUUCUUUCUUUCUUUCUUUCUUUCUUUCUUUCUUUCUUUCUUUCUUUCUUUCUUUCUUUCUUUCUUUCUUUCUUUCUUUCCAUACGUCUCUCUUAAAGGGAUAGUUCACUCAAAAAUGAAAUUCUGUCAUCAUUUUCUCAUCCUCUAGUUGUUCUAAACCUGUAUGAAUUUCUUUUAAUUGAUGAACACAGAAGAAGAAAUUUUGAUAAAUGAUGGUAAGCACACAGCUGCCUUAACCAUUGACUUCCAUAGUAGGAAAACAAAUGAAGAUUUUUGUUCCAAAACGCAAUAAAUCCAUUUUGACGAAUUUUGGUAAAAAUUUAUUUUCUAUAGAUGGUUUCAUCGGACGCACGCGCACUGACGCGAUAUAUCUCUGGAUCCGAACUUUACUUCCGAUUUCGUUUUUUUUAACUAGUUGAUUAACUGAUCUCUUGAACAAAUGCCUCGUCGAAAAUAACAAAUGUGUUGGUUUACUAGGUAAUCUAUGUGUUGUUUUUUUGCUUUUUAUAUAAAUAAACUACGUUUAAAGAACUUUGUUGUUAUUUAUUUUUAGCGGAGUUUACCGGAAGUUACGUGCAGACCACGACAGUCGCUUGUUUAUGUUGUUACUGCUGAAACCAUUUAUACCAAGAAAGUGACAAGAUAAAAACCACUAUUUUCUGUUACAAACUUACAUAGCAUCUUUAGGUUAUAAUAACUUAAAAAUUCCAAAUCCAUAAUUUGAUUUUCAAAGAUUUAUUAUAAAAAAAAUUUUUUCGCAAAAUGCAAAUAAAUACGUUUUUUUUUCAAAAUGCUAUAAAUCUAUUGAAUCAAUAUAUAAAUUUGCAUUCAUCUUUAUAUAUUCAUUUAGUUGACUAGUGGUAUACACUGAUUAAAAAAUAAACAUUAAUGGCAUUAAUCAAAACACUUAAUUUUUUGACAACAAUCAGGUGUAAAAUGUUUUGGUCCUGCAUGAUUUUCGUUGACUUAAAGUAAAAUAAUGGAAAGUUUUUCCCCUGGGAUAAAUGUGUUAGCGAGAAGCUUGAUGCUGUCGGGUGAGGAACAAGCAACAGCCGGCAUUUUUCCUUCGCCCGAGUGCCUCUCGCGUAAAUUAUUAGAUUUUGAUGGUUUACGUUUCUUCCCCGCCACAGAAAACCACCACAGGUUUAUCAAUGCCAUCAAAAGUAUUAUUUUGUUUUUGUUUGUUUGUUGAUCACAAAGUACAAAGUAGAUGAGGAAAACUAGGAUUCUGUGUGUAUUCAAAGCGCUGCCGUUGUUGACAAUGCAUGGAUUGGUGCGCUGUGAUUUGUUGAGGGGAUUUAUUGCAUUCUGAACAGAAGGAAGACAAAAAAAGAAGAAAAAAAGGAGAAAAGAUGACAGAAUAACACGGCGGAUAUCAGAUUUUGGAUAAAAUGAAGAAUUUAUUUUUUUAAUACUGACCAGAUACAAUACUGAUUUUGGCAGUAACUAUUUUUUUUAAUGGCGUUUAUCGCAUUUUGGAACCGAACUCUUCAAAUAUUAUGGAAGUAUUGUGAUAAAUGAUAAAGAAUAUAUUAUGAUUAAUGAUGGUAUGCACAAAGUUGACAGGAUCUAUUGAAUUCUAUCGUAUUUGUUUUUCCUACUAUGGAAGUCAAUCAGCUGUGUGUUUACCAUCAUUUAUCAAAAUAUCUUAUUUUGUGUUUAUCAAAAAGAAAAAAGAAAAAAAUAAAUUCAUACAGGUUUAGAACAACAUAAGCAUGAUAAAAUGCUGACAGAAUUUUCAUUUUUGGGUGAACUAUCCCUUUAAGGCCAUUUCUUCAAUUUUAGAAAGAAAGGGUUAAAAUGAAUAAAAUUGAUUAUUAUUCAAUAACAGAAUAAAGAGAUUAUAUCUAAUGAGUGAAUGCAGUAUCAGUUGACUGCAUGCACUAAUAAUCUAUGACUUUGUAGACAUAUUUUUGCUGGAAAAUGUUAAGGAUGCACAAUUUGUUUGUCAGAAAUGGUUUGGUUGUAAAUGUAUGAAUGAAAUUGGUGUUCUCAAAAAAGAUGAAAAAAAUUAUUUAAUUAAUGAAAAUACUGUGAUUGUCUUUAGAUUUAUAUAUCAAAUAAUACUCCACAAGCAUUUUUGCAAUACCAUUUUUUGGGACAACAGAAGUAUUUACAACAAUUAAAUUGUCAGCUCACUUCGGAGCUAUUCAACUCUGAAAUGUUUUAGAAAAAUAUAACACUGUAUUUAUAACCCAAGCGUGAAAAAAAACUCAGCUCAAUUUUUCAUCAACUCUGUUGUUUGGAUUUAAUACCAUAAGUCUGUAAAAUUGCACCAGACUGGUUAAACAAAUUGUGUUUCAUACGGCAGUGUUAUGUUGAAGACACGCAAGAACACAAUAUAAUAUAUCUAGGCUUUAUCUUAUAACACACACCACUUUGUUCCAUCUUGUCAUUAAAUUUUCAAUAUGAUGGCAGUCAAUCACUGAAAUCUUGUGCUUGUUUCCCCGCCUAAAUCAUAUUUAUUAAAUGAUCACAACAAGUUUGGAAGUUUAAUAAUGCAGGUAACAUACAGAGGGCUAUGUACAGUAUAUACAAAUAGAGCUUAGCAUAUAUUUAGCUUUGUUUUAGAUAUUCAGACAUUAGCUUCAAUACACUCACUUUUACAACAGUGCCAAAUGCUUUAUUUAGUUACUAUCCCAAGAAACCUCGUUCACAACUAAAGAAUAUUUUGGGAAUAUAUCAUAUUUAAAAAAUGUAAUGUGCUCACCUCACAAUAUCUUCUUUCUUAUACAAACCUCUUGUUUAUUCGGACCACACCUGAAUAACUUAUUCUUGUAGCAUAAACACAGAUGCAUCGUUAUAUCCUGAGAAAGUGCAAUUGAUUUAUAUUGUGCAAUAUUACAUUUUAUACAGUUUCUACCCACGGUGCAUUUACAAUAAAGAAACAGAUGCAAAAUAUUGUGACUCGCCUGUUCCAAUGAAAGUUCUUUAGAGUAAAACCAAAGAAGUGGGGAUUGGGGAGACACGCAAGGCAUAUUGCGUUGGUGAUACGGAAAUGACUGAACAGUGCUUUGAACGGGACUCAGCUGGAUGAUGAGACGGUUGAAACAUUUCUCUCUCUAAAAUUGAGUGGCUUCUGCUCCGGCACACAGAACACAGAAAUGCCCCGUGAUUGGACGGCAUCCAGCAAAACACCUGCUGCCAAGAUAUUGUCAGUCACAAUGACUCGAGGGAUAAAAGAAAUGUUUCUUUAUUGAAACAUUACUAAUAUAAACAUUGCUAACGUAACGCAGCUGACCCAGCACAAACAUGUGACGUCAACUGAAUAUCUCCAGAAUUGCUUUGAAUUUUCUCUGAUCACACAGCUUUAUUUUAGCAUUGAUAACAGCCUAACUCUAUCUCAUGAGCUCAUCAUCACGGCAGAAAUGGCUCUGAAAAGUGAUUGCGGUCUUCUUGCAAUUUCACCGCCACUUUCAGAAUAGAUUCACAAUUUUAGAAAUGUUGAUUACAUUACAAUA